UCUCGCUCCGCAGCCCCGGCGGUGCCGGUUGCGGAGCCCGGGCGGGGCGGGAGGUGCGGGGCUCCCCUGUCCGCCCAUCCAUCCAUCCCAUCCAUCUGUCCGUCCGUCCCCGGCGGCGGCUGUCGCGGCUGCUAAAUGGGUUUCAUUAACGGCGGCGGGGCCCGGGCCGCUCCCGCCGCCCCCCGCUCCCCCGGGACCCCCGGCCCGGCCCGGCCCGGCUAUAAGAGGCGGCGGCGGCGGCGGGGCGGGGGCGAUGGCGAUGGCGGUGGCGGGGUGCCCGGUGCUGCUCCCGCUGCUGCUGCUGCUGGCGGGGACCCCGCGCUCCGCCCGCGCCUGUCCCGGGACCCCCGGCCCGGCCCCGGUGAGCCCCGGCCCGGCCGCGCCGCCGGCUCCGGUUCGUGGGGGGUGCUCGGGGCUGGGGGCGCCGCGCGGUUCCAGGGCCGCCGUGAGCCCCGCGGCUCCCCCGCCUCCGGGGCCGCCCCCCGCCGCCGCCGCCGCCGCCCUGGGAGCGCUGCUCCGGUCCCUGCGGCGCCCCGGCCGCGCCCCCGGCGCCCCCCGGCCGAGGUGGGGCUGGGGGCUGCAGGGGGGUCCCCAGGCCCGGCUCAGCCCCCGCAGCCGGGACCCCCCGGCGGCCCCGUUCUGGACCAUGGCGACCCCGCAGCGCUUCGGCCGCCGCCGCUGAGCCCGACCCCGACCCCGGCCCGGCCCCUCGGGGGCUCCGUCCGCGCCCCAAUAAAGGAUCUGUGCCCCCACCCGAGCCCUGGGGGCUCCGUCCGCACCCCAAUAAAGGAUCUGUGCCCCCACCCGAGCCCUGGGGGCUCCGUCCGCGCCCCAAUAAAGGAUCUGUGCCCCCA